UUAAUUUAGUGCAUAACUAGCGGAACUCACGGAAAGGACUCAAAUUGAAAAUGCUACACGGAAGAAUUUAAACAACGGACAAGAUGGACGUCAAAUGUGGGAAAAAUGCAACUAGCUGCAGGAUUUUAAGUUAAUUUGAGCGUUAUUUGUGUAAAAAAAAAAAAAAAAAAAGUUGUAAACCUUGUAAGACAUGUUUGCUUUACCAUAAAUUAACGAUUAUAUACGUUACUGAGAGAAACUGGGAGGCAAACCAAACCGAGGCUUUCUAAAAGCAUCAUGGCACUGUCGAAAAGUGAAAGUUUCCAAUGUGAUAUUAAAACAACACUUCCAGAAGAAGUUAGGGCUAAAGACGAAACUUCUACAUGUGUCCCCGCUGGGCAGACAAAAGCCUCCACCGCCAGAGUUUUAACCCAGGAGGAACUGGACAGACUCAGCGGGGAGCCUGCUCUGGUGUCCGACUUUAAACUGAUGAAGUUGGAGAAAGAAGCUCAGAAAAACUGGGACUUGUUUUACAAAAGAAACACAACGAAUUUCUUCAAAGACAGACACUGGACCACCAGAGAAUUUGAAGAGCUCAAAGCAUGCAGAGAGUUUGAGUCUCAGAGGCUUGUGCUGCUGGAGGCCGGCUGCGGUGUAGGAAACUGCCUCUUCCCUCUGCUGCAGGACGACCUCAACAUCUUUGUUUAUGCCUGUGACUUCUCACCGCGAGCUGUUCAAUUUGUCAAGCUAAACCCUCUGUACUGCCCUGAGCGCUGCUCUGCCUUCCAGUGUGACUUAACCAAAGAUGAUCUGAGGGAGAACGUGCCCGAGGGCAGCGUGGACGUCGUCACGCUCAUCUUCGUCCUGUCCGCCAUCCACCCCGACAAGAUGAAGCUGGCCUUGCAGAACCUCAGCAGGGUGCUGAAGCCCGGAGGCAUCGUCCUGUUCAGGGACUACGGUCUGUACGACCACGCCAUGCUCCGGUUCAAAGCCGGCAGCAAGCUUGGGGAGAACUUCUACGUCCGGCAAGACGGAACCAGAUCCUUCUUCUUCUCUAAAGAGUUCCUGGCUGAGCUGUUUGUGGACACCGGCCUCCAGCCUGUUUCUAAUGACUACGUCCUGAGAGAGACGGUCAACAAGAAGGAGGGACUUUGUGUCCCCAGAGUGUUCCUGCAGAGCAAAUUCACCAAGCCCAUCCAAUCACAGAGCUCCUGAUGCUCCUCAGUGGUUUCAUGUUCCCUGCUGGACAUGGUGGUCUAAACAUUAGUGAAGGCGACAUGUUGCCUCCACGCUGCAGUUUUUGAAUCCUUCAGACCUUCAUGUUGCCUCUUCUCACAAAUCCACUGCUGUCUGUUGUUCCUUCAGCAAAAGAUGAAGAGACUCUUGCCAGUGGAAAUAUGUGAACACGUAGCACUAAAAUGCCAACAGGAGCGGGACUGUUCAGCAAAGCUCUCCGCUGGAUGAACACUAAGACUCUGUGUCGUAGCGUUUGAUCAGCGUGUAGCUUCAGCAGGAGGAAUUCUCUUUGCCUGCAGUGUAACUGUCUCCCCUCAGUAUUUUCCAAGUGAUUAGAUCAUCCGCUGGUCCUCUUCCCUGACAAACUUAAAAAUAAAAACAGAAAUCACGAA